CCCUUUUCUUUUUCCUUGUCUUUUUAACAAAUUACAACCGACAAUAAAAAUGAUGACUGAAGAAAACACUGUUGGACCACUUGCUACACCUACACGCUUCUUGAUUGAAAGUGGUGAAUGGAAUUUGACACCUAAUUUUAUUCAUGAAAUCAACCCAUUUGAUUGCAAUAUGACAAGAUCACCUGGCAUUUUAACAAAAGAACACAAAUGGUCAAACAUAUCUACAUCCACAACAUCCACAACAUCUACAGCAUCUACAGCAUCCACGACAUCUCCUGGCACUAGUCCAAAACAAGAAUCUAUUUUAUCACCUCCUACACCACCCAUGUCAUUAAGCCAAAGUCCUACCAAUUCAUCUGUUUCAUUGUCCAUUAGCCCAAGAAAUAGUGUAGAUGAUUCGAUUCAGCAAGAUAUUGUACGACGUAACUCGAGUACAAAGAGAAAAAGAAGAGAAGCCGACGAUGAUGAAGAAUAUAAGCCUAAAUCAACAGGUGGCCGAAAGAGGCGUAUUGUCUUUGAAGGAGAAGAUGCCGAAGACAAACGUAAAAAGUUCUUGGAACGUAACCGAGUAGCUGCUUAUAAAUGCCGUCAAAAGAAAAAAACAUGGAUGCAAGAGCUCGAACAAAAAGCAGAAAUAUCCACAGCCCGCAAUGAAGAACUUCGAAACUUAGUAACUCAAUUAAAAGAAGAAAGCAUGUAUUUACGUAAUUUACUCUUGACGCACGGUAAUUGUGAUUGUGAAUCAGUGCAAGCUUAUCUUCGACGAUCAUCAGCACAGAUCACUUCAAGAAGAGAAUCAACCAGUAGUCAAUUUAUGCCAUAUUACAAUACACCAUCCACUGGUUUAACUCCUUUCCUCAACACAGUCAUUAAUAAGUCAGACAAUAGACUUGAUUAUUUUUCAUCUACGCAUCAUCCUAUGGCUUAAUCAUUCUUUCUUUUUCUUCCCCCCUUUCCCUUCCCUUUUUUUACUUUAUUUAUUAUGCUUUACUAUUGAUCCACCAAAAAAAAAGAGAGAGAGUGUGUGUGAAUGUAUGAAAUGUAUGCCCUGCUACAAUAACUUUUUCCGUGUAAAUAAACAAAAAAUUUUUCUGGUAUUAUUUUUUCGAAAAUGUUCUAUCAAUUUUUUUUUCUAGAAUAGAAAAUCUAACAUUUGAUUGGCUGAUUUAUUUAUAUGACAUAAUACUAUUCAUGCAACCAGUGUGAAGUCA